AUGACGAAUGACCAAAAGUGUCGCCUUGGUCACUUUGAACAUUUAGCUAAGAGCACUAUAUCGGUACUGGAAAAUGAGUUGCAACAACGGGAUCAAUUAGCCAGGAUGAAUAACAUCGAGAUAUCGGGGAUACCCAUUACUGCUGGUGAGAACCUCUUCACACUGUUACGGGGCAUUAGUAAUAAGGUUGGAUACUCAUUAGACGAUCGUGACAUCGAUAGUGUCAUGCGUGUGCGAAGAUUCGAAUCGAGCAAUGUGUCUAGUGAAUCAAGCACACCGCGCCCGCCUGCCAUCAUUGUGAAAUUUACUCGGAGGCUGUGUAAGGACACAUUCCUAGCAGCCGUGCGUUCGCGACGCGGCCUAACUACUGCUGAUGUUGACCUCCCGGGUCCCUCGCUCAAUGUGUACGUAUCGGAUCACCUCACUCCUCAAAAUAAACAGUUGUUAAAGCGUGCCAGACAGCUCAAAACUGACCUGGAUUAUUCGUAUAUAUGGAUUAGAGACUGCAAGAUACUGAUGCGCAAAAACGAAAGGUCAAAGGUCGUCGUCAUCAAGAAUGACACCGACCUUUCUAAGUUGAAAUGA